CGUCUCGUUUCCCAGGAGACGGACACUCAGGCGUACAGCCCAGAAAGAGCGUCGACUUGAUCGGACGUCCAAAGGUAGCUUGAAUUGCCCUGAUGGCCCACGUGUUGCACCGAGGUGGCAGGGGGCCAUUUACUCCUCUGGCAGUGCCACUUACCCCCGCGCGCUAUCUCAGGCGGCCCACUGCCUACACAAUAUCUCUGCUUCAGGCGCCUUAUAUAGCUUUAGAAGACAAUCCUCCUGAGUGCAAUAUUCAAGUCCCAUUUUCUCCAAGAUGCCGUCUUCGAAAUCAAACAGGUAUCACCAAUCGUUGGCAGCUUCCCUAUUGUCUGGGCAGUGACUUGUUAGGAAAAUCCCAGGCCCUCAGAGCAGUACAGGCCAGCAUUAAUGACUCCAUGAAGAGAAUUAUGACUGUUGAUUCACCCUUUUAUAUUCAUGAUGAGAUCUCAUCGUCUGAUUCCAUUCCUUCCACUGUUCCAUCAACUCCAAGAAAGGAUCGACCAGUAUCUGCAAAGUUAAGUGUAAGACUGCCUGGCCUUCCAAGGCCUGAGGAUCUAUUUUAUGUUCAGUCAAGAAAAGUGGCCAAAAACAUGGCUCCAGACAUUGUCCUUGAGUGCAUGGGAAGUUUCUGGGAACUGCAUUGUCCAUAUUUAACAAAGUCAAGGAUACUGAUGGAGCUGUUUUCUUCGGUUAAGAAGCCUAAAGGCCAAGAUAAUGGUCACAAAGCUUUCUUACCAUCUAGAAUUCAGAUUGAAAUAAGGACUGAUAAUAAGAUUCCAUCACAAGGCCGUAGACUGUGUGGAGAUCAGCCUGACUACUGA